UCUGCCUUCAAGCUGGAUUUUCUCCCUGACAAGAUGGUUGAGGGCUGCCUGCUAAUUCCUGACAGAAUUAACAGCACAGCCAAGAUGAAAAGUGCUUUGGAUCACUCAGACCAACGAGACCCAGAUCCCAUUAAGAAGUUUGUUGGACAUCCCCGGUCCUGGUUGGAAAAGAAGCUGGGAGAACUUUUUGAGCCUUAUGGAGCCAUCUACCAGAUCAACGUCCUCCCCGACAGGAGUCAGAACCCUCCCCAGAGUAAAGGUUGUUAUUUGGUAACAUUUUAUACAAGAAAAACUGCACUUGAGGCCCAGAAUGCACUGCACAAUAUUAAAACUUUACCUGGGAUAUAUCAUCCCAUUCAGUUGAAACCUGCAGAUAGCGAAAAGUCAGACGCCAUGGAAGACCGAAAAUUGUUCGUAGGAAUGGUUUCGAAGAAAUGUAAUGAGAAUGAUAUAGUGAUGUUUUCUCCAUUUGGCCAGAUAGAAGAAUGCCAGAUUGUCCCGGGACCCGAUGGGCUCAGUCGAGGCUGUGCGUUUGUCACAUUUUCUAUAAGGGCAAUGGCACAGAAUGCAAUCAAAGCCAUGCAUCAGUCUCAGACCAUGGAGGGCUGCUCCUCACCCGUCGUAGUCAAGUUCGCAGACACUCAGAAGGACAAAGAGCAAAGGUGCCUCCAACAGCAGCUGGCACGGCAGAUGCAACAGUUCAACACUGCCACCUGGGGGAACCUGACAAGUCUGGGCGGACUCACCCCACAGUACCUGGCACCUCUGCAGCAGGCCACCUCCUCCAGCAACCUGGGUGCGUUCAGUGGCAUUCAGCAGAUGGCUGGUAUGAAUGCCCUGCAGUUACAGAACCUGGCGACAAUGGCAGCAGCAGUGGCUAAGGCCCAGACCUCAGCCACCACCAAAGCAAACCCUUUGUCCACCACGAGCAGCACCCCAGGAGCCCUCGUAAGUCCAGUGGCUGCUUCAACCCCCAACUCCAGUGCUGGUGCAGCCAUGAAUUCUCUGACCUCUCUUGGGACUCUGCAAGGGCUGAUGGCAGCCACUGUAGGACUGAAUAAUAUGAAUGCACUAGCGAGUACCAUCAACAGACAUAGCUCCCUGAAAACAAGGGGUUUGAUUUGA